CUAUAUUGUCAGGUAGACUUAGUUUACAUUGCUGCUAACGAUAUCUGACUUUCAUAAAGAUGUCAUCUUUGCACGGAGCAACUAAACAGGUAAAUUAACUUUUUUAAAAUUUCUGAACAUUGCCUUAGAGUUAAAAUUAAAAUGUUACAAUUGUGUACAUAUUGAUCGACAAGGACACAAUGUCAUUUUAGAAACAACACGUCAUUCUGGUAACUGUUCGAAGCCAGAUAAAGCACUACCUUAGUUCUGAGCCAGAUAAAGCACUACCUUAGUUCUGAGCCAGAUAAAGCACUACCUUAGUUCUGAGCCACCUAAAGCACUACCUUAGUUCUGAGCCAGAUAAAGCACUACCAUAGUUGUGAGCCAUUUAAAGCACUACCUUAGUUGUGAGCCAGAUAAAGCACUACCUUAAUGUGAGCCAGAUAAAGCACUACCUUAGUUGUGAGCCAGAUAAAGCACUACCUUAGUUCUGAGCCAGAUAAAGCACUACCAUAGUUGUGAGCCAGAUAAAGCACUACCUUAGUUCUGAGCCAGAUAAAGCACUACCUUAGUUCUGAGCCAGAUAAAGCACUACCUUAGUUCUGAGCCAGCAACUGAAGUAAAUAUUUUUAAACAAAAGUUACUGAGCAAGGCCGCCAACUACUGUUGGUAAAGAUUGGAAGACUCACCGGUAGAAUCGAAGAGUUCAGUCAAGGAACAGACUUUUUUGAAAAAACAGUUGAAAGAAAUUAGGAAUUAUGAGGAGGUCGUGUUCAAAGCCACGUCACAUUGCAAGAUCUUAUGAGCAAUUUGGUCUUUGAUGAAUGAACCUUAGUUCUGAGCCAAAUAAACAGACACGCAAAAGUUCAAUAUAUUUCUAAUGUUUUAUUAUUGUAUCAAAAUAUACGUUGCCAUAUAUAAAAAAAAAACCUUAUUAAUCGUUAUGAUUAUUCUCAUACUUGUACUGACAGACAUAGAUUUGUCUAAUUUUAUAAUCAUAGAUUAGCUUAAAAGGUAAAUGAGCUCUAUAAAAAUGUCAACACUAAUUUGAUCUAAGACAGUAAGAUGAAUGAAAAUAAAGAAUUCAAUAGAGCAUUGAAUGAGGGAACUGAUGGCAAUGUGCCUGACACGUCACCCAUCUUAAAAUAAUCUUCGUAAAUUCCCGAUUAUUCUCCUCGGGAAAACAUCCCUGAGAUCACCACAGCUGCUGCACGCACGGAAUCAAGCACAAAACGUUAUUUUCAAAGCUUAUCAGCUUGUAACAGAUUUCGGUGGAAAAUUAGGUUCCGUAACCGUUAUAAAAAAUCAUAGUAUGGGAAGUAAUCAGAGAUAUAAAAAACAAACACACAAACAAGCAAAUAAACUCAUCAAGCCUUAAAUCUUAAAACAAUUGACUGUUUUGAUAAUCCUAAUCGAAUACUGGGAAUGAUACUGUCUGUUCUGACAGGUACGAAGUGUGUCAUCAAAACGAAAGUACAUGAUCAUGAAAGGUCGGCCUAUUUGGUAUCAACCAAAUGGCAUGCUGACCUGGAGUUCAUUGAUAUUUCAGUUUGAAAUAGGGAAGGGCAAUUAAAAUUAUUAUUACAAUUAUUUUAAAGAUUUGUAAAUAUCUAUUUAACAAUUGUAUCAUUAAAAACAUAAUCCAGAUAUUCGAAGUGGAAACGUUUGUUUACUUUCACUUAUGGUUAUUGCCCUUGCUGUCGACUGGAUUCGAAGUCUUAUAAUUUCAUUGCCACGUUGUUAUUACAAUACUUACGAAAUGAAUGAUUUUCCAAGCCAACCUAAUUGGGCUAAGAUUUAAAAUUUACUAGUUAUAAUAACUGUCAUCCUAAUGCUUUCACAUAUUGAAUAUUUGUUAUAUGUCAGCUAAUCGAAAAUGCUAAUACUUUUUUUAAAUAAAAAAUGUGUAGUUAAAAUUGUGUAGUUAAAAUUGUAAGUAUUUGAGAAACGCAAUUAAGUUUUUUAAAAAUGUUUUACAGCCCCAAAUUUUACAGUAAAUGUGUUAUUUAAAAGAAUUCUAUUGAUAUAUACUUCCUCAGAGUACGAUGGCGGCAAGUCCUCUCGUUCUGGUUCUUCUGGGGAAGACUGGAAUGGGGAAAAGCUCCACAGCCAACACAAUACUUCAAAACAGAGAAUUUAAAGCUGCAAGUCACACGACUUCAUGUUCGAUGGUAGUGAGCGAAGGGCUAGAGAAAGAAAUUAGAGGACAAAUAUUACACAUCUGUGACACUCCUGGCGCAUUUGAAACGCAACGUGGAAAUGAAAAUAUUACAUGCGAACAAAGAACUUGUCAGAUUGUGGACGAUAUAUUUAGAAUAUUCCACGAUAGUGGGGUGCACGCAUUUGUUCUAGUUUUCAGUUAUGUCGACCCUAGGUUUACAGAAGAGGACAAAAGAACAAUUAAAAUUUACAAAGAGAUACUGGGUGAGGAUUUCAUUUCAAAACAUGGUAUCAUUGCAUUCACUCACGGAGACAAUUUUGAUAAAACAGAACAUAUUCACUUCUCAUCGUGGUGCGCUAGUCAAGUGGGAACUUUGAAAGAUCUACUGAAUGAAUGCGGCAACAGGGUUGUUCUGAUGUAUAAUUCAACUGAUGAAGAGUAUCAGAAUAAAUGUAAAGAAAGUAGCGAAGAAAUCAUUAACCUUGCAACCGAACUCAAAGAUAGAACAAACAUCCCUGCCUAUAGUUGGGAUGAUUACAAUAAGCGUAAAACCUCACGCAUAAAACUGGUUUUGAAGUCAAAG